AGUCAAGAUGACUUUAGUCAGGUGUCUUCUAACCAGUAGUUUUAAAUGAAUCAUAAUGGGUUUCAUGUGAAGAUUCUGUUAGAAAAGUCCAGAUUUAACCUACAUUACCAAAAUGUAAAAAAAAAGGUAAAUGGUUUCAAGAUCAAGCACUAAGGGGAAAUCCUUUAAAUGUUCAUGCAUGUAGAAAACCAUUUCUAUUGAAUAACUUUCCCAAUAUGUGCAAGACCCCUAAAAUAGUCUUAUAUCCUUUUGUUUUUUACUUGCAAUGUCUGGCAGAGUAAACUAAUUCUCCCUGCGACCAGAGGGGCGGUAUGUGAGCACAUUAGCUAGACACAUGGAAGGCCAUUUAGCAUUCAAUCCUGUAUGCUAACAGGAUCUAUUUUUGUUAAUUGAAGCCAGUUCGUAUUUAUAUAUAUUUAUUCUCUCUCUCUCUCUCUCGCUCUUCCUCUCUCUAGCUAAAAUUGAGUAAUUUAUAAAGCAGAUUCUUAAAUUCUUUGGAAAGCAACAACGAGUACAAUUACUAACAUAUACUUCAGUGCAAUAACUAGUAUGUUACAGUUAACAUAAGAAGAAAAAAAACGGUAUGCUAGUCACUGAUGAAAGCCUUCGUAGUAAAUUGAAAAUAAGUAGCAGAUAUGUUAAUAGGGCUUGCCAUGCUGGGAUGCGACACCUUUGAUGUGUUCUAUAUUCUGAAUCGAUUACUGUUAUAAAUCUAAAUCUUACUGUUAAUUGCUAAUAAACCAAAGCUUAAUUAAAGAUGACGAGCGUCUGUACAGUUGCGUUCAUGUUGAUUGAUUGAACCAUAUUCAUUGUGGUACUUCUGAUACAUCAGCUUUGUGGUUUUGAUGCACCAUCUGCCCGCACGCUCUCUGGGCACCUGAUGUCAACGUUGCGGGUUUUUUCCCCUAUUAAUUUCUCCAGACGCGUCAUUAAUCCGCCCUCCCAAAAAUCCGCAACAAUCUGUGAGAGGUUUCCGUGAUUUCAGACGUGUGAGCAAUAAAUACAACAGCACGUGUAUUGGGCGGUCACGGCCACGGUGUUCACGUGGCUGAGGAUCAACACGAAGCAGCGCUGUUGAAUGUUGGCACAUUACACAUCUAGACGCAGACUUCGACAAACCUCGCAGCCAUGGACCUCGAAGUGGAAUCAGCAGACGUGAUUCGUCUGAUCAUGCAGUAUCUGAAGGAAAAUAAUUUGCACCGCACUCUGGCGAUGCUUCAAGAGGAGACAGCAGUCUCUCUUCACACGGUCGACAGCAUCGACAGCUUCAUCUCCGACAUCACCAACGGCCAGUGGGAUAUAGUGCUGCUAGCAAUCCAGUAUCUGAAGCUUCCUGACAAGCUGCUCAUCGAGCUGUACGAACAGAUUGUGCUGGAGUUGAUUGAGUUGGGCGAGCUGGGAGCUGCUCAAUGUUUACUAAAGCAGACCGACCCCAUGAUCAUGCUGAAGCACACUCAACCUGAGCGCUACUCGCACCUGGAGACCCUCCUCAGCAAGCCGUACUUUGACUCGCAAGAGGCAUAUCCAGUGGGCAGCAGUAAAGAGAAGCGCAGACUGGCUAUUGCUCAAGCUUUUGCAGGAGAGGUCUGCUUGGUGCCACCUUCUCGUCUCAUGGCUCUUCUGGGCCAGGGCCGUAUAUGUGAGGGUGCUUUAUACAGGUUACAGGAAACCAAAGCACUACGGCAGUUUGGCUCAUUAGCAAUGCUGUCGCUGAAGUGGCAGCAGCACCAGGGUCUCUUACCUCCAGGUAUGUCUCUGGAACUGUUCCGGGGGAAAGGUGCAUUGAAGGACAUGGAGGAAGAGCGCUUCCCUACUCAGCUCAGUCGCCUCAUAAAGUUUGGGCCAAAGUCCCAUGUAGAGUGUGCGCGAUUCUCCCCUGAUGGACAGUACUUGAUUACUGGAUCUGUUGAUGGUUUCAUUGAAGUCUGGAACUUCACCACUGGUAAAAUUCGGAAGGAUCUGAAGUACCAAGCUCAGGAUAGUUUCAUGAUGAUGGAUGAUGCUGUUCUGUGUCUGGCAGUAAGUCACGACUCUGACAUGAUCGCAUCUGGAGCUCAGGAUGGAAAGAUACAGGUUUGGAGGAUUCUGAACGGGACGUGUCUGAAUAGAAUAGAACGAGCCCACGACAAAGCAGUCACCUGCGUCUGCUUCAACAAGGACAGCAGUCAGUUAUUAAGCGGCUCCUUUGACCAGACCAUCAGGCUUCAUGGUUUGAAAUCAGGAAAGAUGCUGAAGGAGUUUAGAGGCCAUACGGCUCAUAUAAAUGAUGUCAUCUUCUCACACGAUGGCCAGCAUGUCAUUAGCGCCUCAGCAGAUGGCACAGUAAAGGUCUGGAGCAUGAAGGCAGUGGAUUGCACUCACACAAUAAAAACCCCUGACAUUCCUGAUGGUACAGACAUCACUGUUAACAACGUUGUGCUUGUCCCAAAGACUCCUGAGCACUUCGUGGUGUGCAAUAGGACCAACACGGUGGUUGUUACGAACAUUCAUGGCCAGGUGAUGAGGAGUUUCUGCUCAGGCGUAAGAGAGGGGGCAGACUUUGUUUGCUGCACGUUGUCUCCACGUGGAGAGUGGAUUUAUUGCGUGGGAGAAGACUAUGUGCUGUACUGCUUCAGCACCAUCACUGGCAAACUAGAGAGAACCCUCACGGUACAUGAAAAAGACGUGGUUGGCAUAACUCACCACCCCCAUCAGAAUCUCAUCGCCACAUACAGCGAGGAUGGCCUACUCAAACUCUGGAAGCCUUGAGAGUUUUAUGUUCAGGAAAUGUGGUAUUCCUGCACACACACACAAACACGUGUCUCUGGCUUUAUACGCCUGCUAUGACAUUGGUCUUCCAUUCAAAGCUCUCAAAAAGAUUUAUGUUCCUGUUGAACAUUAGCAUCAUACCUUGAGAUGAAGGACCUCUUCGACAUCUGAAAUUAACUACAUCCAAUUAUGGUUAUACUAACGUUCCUCUGAAGUCUCUAGUGGAAAACAAGAAAUACUGCAUGGAUGUACUGGUCUUUUAUUAUAAUUAAGGGCUUUGUGGUAUUGUCUGUGAUAAUAUCUGCAUGCAAGAUUUAGCCCGAUUGACAUUAGUGUGGUAACUGUACAAGGUUUCUUUCCAGACCAUUCUUUGACAUCUUAUAUGUGAAUGGAUUUUCUUUGAUCAUUUUGGCCAAAGACAAAUAGUGUGUACUUGCUCAUAAUGUGACCUUGCACUAGUCUUGGACUCAAUGAGGACAUUUUCCACCUAUGUGUACUUGUGUACAUUUAGAAUUCUGAUAUGUUUAGAAUUCAUAUGGUACAAUAUUGUGUUGAUUAUAACGGUUUAGUGUGUUUUAACACUCAACCAAGCACAUCUACUUGUACUGCAUGCGGGUGAACAUAUUAUGCAGUUACUGCAAUACUUAUGAAGUAAUCAGUAUGGUUUGUAUUCUGAUAAUUACAGAUUAUUUUUUAAUCGAGGGUAUUCACAGUUUUCGUUGAAUAUUGGUAUAACACUGCUUUACAGUGUAAGUCUCUGAGUAUCUUACUGUGUUGGUAAAUAACGUGCUGUUAUUGCUGCAGUUUAAUUCAAAUUCAAGCAUGAAUAAUUCAUGACAAUCUUUUCAAGAAGAUUUGUCAUUAAGAUGCAUCAUUAACUGGUUAGAUGUGUGCUUGAUAUUUGCAGUAGAUCUCCAAUAAAGCUGUAGAGACAUCUUGAUAUA